CGCACCACCACCCAGUCACGAGUCCAUCCAACAUCGCAUCACGGCGCUUGCAUUGGCGCCAAGUCGGAACUCCUAAACGUCCAGACUCGUGCCCAUCAUUACCCGACCCGCAACACGGCCACAAUGUCCAGCAGAUUUCCACCCGUCAUCUCCUCGGCCAAGGCGGCAAAGGCUCAGCCCCGGAAGCGCAAGGGCCGGACCGCACAAAAGACCAAGGCCAGUGGCAGCUCAUCCAAGUGGACGCAAGAGUACAGCGAUGACAGCGAGAAUGACGAUCACGACGAUGAUGAUGAUGACGACGACGACGAUGCCUCAUCCGCAGCAUCUUCAGAGAUUGGCGCGAAUGGUUGGGAUGAGCACGAGUACGGCACUGCGCGUGGAUGGGGAAGGGAUGCUGCACAGGAUGAAGAGGAGGCGGGCGCAGCGCACAUCAGCAGCCUCGCCAUGAAGAGCUUCAAGCCUGACAUGCGCGCGGGUGCGGGUGCGGGUGCGGGUGCGGGUGACGAUGAGGACGAGGAUCAGUCAGUCUCCACAUCGGCCAGCGAAGAAGAAGGAGACGAGGAGGAGGCCAUUCGAACACAGAUGCGCAGCGUACCUUUUGGCGCUCUGGCCAAGGCGCAAGCAAAGCUCGAUGAAAGCCGCAUCGCGAGGGGCGUCUCGAGCUCCAGUAGCGAGCAAAACUGGCAGGAUGCCAGGAGCGAAUCGAGCGCAUCGCUGAUGGAGCAGGACGAUGAAGAGGACGAGUGGGAAGCGGAGCGCGAAGCCAAAAGAGCUCAGGUCAGGUUGCAGCUGCAAGCCAUCAAGCCAGCAGGGCUUCAUGAUCGCAAAGAGACAGAGGUAGCGCGGGACACUGUCGAUCCGGAUCGCAGCCGCGCAGAGAUUGCCAGCCGGAUCCACAAGCACGCUCCCACCGAGCAAUCUUCGCGCCGACCCGUGUCCCGCAAGCGGCAAGUGGUGGACGUCGCUGCUUCUCGCUCUCGUGAUCCGCGCUUCUCUGCGCUCUCAGGCUCGACGCACAACAAGGCGCUUUUCAAAGCAUCGUACGGAUUCCUUCGCGAUGUUCAAGCUUCGGAAGUCAGCGACCUGAAAGCGACGCUCUCGGGUCUCAACAGGGUGGAGCGCAAUCAUGCCGGUCCAAAGGCGCGGUCCGAACGUGCGCUGGAGAUACGCGAGGAGAAGCGGCGCGUAGAGGAAGCAUUAAGACGUGCGGAAGGGUUGGAGAAUGAGCGCAAGAGGAGGGAGAGGGAGGACGCGGUAUUGGGAGACUAUAAGCGGGAACAGAGGGAGCGCGAAAGGGCAGGUGGCAAGGCGUAUCACCUCAAAGAUGCCGCGAAACGUGCACUGAUCUUGCAAGACAAGUAUGCUCGGCUGUCUGGCGGAAAAGGCGCGAAUGCUACGCCGGUGGGCGGUCGUGGUGCCGGUGAUGCCAGUGCAGCUCCUGCCGGGAAUCCCGAUAGAUCGGCACUGCGCAAGGCUCUGGAGCGUCGCCGCAAGAAGAAUGCGCAAAAGGAGAGAAAGGAGAUGCCUGGCUUUGCGAGGGAUGGUGGUGGUGGUGGCGGCGGUAGCGGGGCAGCAUCGGGCGCCAUGAGCCGCGAGAGGAAGCGAGAAGCCGCCAAGAUGCAAGGCGGGCAUCCUCACAAGCGAGGCAGACGAGGUUGACGGUCGAACGCGUCGAAUGCAUGCGAAUUGAGUGCGA